AUGAUGACUGCAACCGCAGCAGCCGGGGAAGGGGCGCACAGCCCCAGCCCCGCCGCCGUGUCCCUGGGUUUGAGCGUGGCUGUGGUUUCCAGCCUGGUGAACGGAUCCACUUUCGUACUUCAGAAGAAAGGCAUCGUGAGGGCGAAGAGGAGAGGUACUUCUUAUUUAACGGACAUAGUUUGGUGGUCUGGAACAAUUGCAAUGGCUCUUGGUCAGAUUGGAAAUUUCUUGGCUUAUACAGCAGUUCCUACUGUACUGGUCACUCCCCUUGGUGCUCUUGGUGUUCCAUUUGGGUCUAUUUUAGCUUCUUAUCUUCUGAAGGAAAAACUGAACAUCUUGGGCAAGUUGGGAUGUUUGCUAAGUUGUGCUGGUUCUGUUGUUCUUAUCAUUCAUUCCCCAAAAUCCGAGAGUGUAACGACCCAGGCUGAACUUGAAGAGAAACUUACAAAUCCAGUGUUUGUUGGCUACCUCUGCAUAGUGCUCCUUAUGCUGCUGCUUCUUAUCUUUUGGAUAGCACCAGCCCAUGGACCUACCAAUAUUAUGGUGUACAUCAGCAUUUGCUCAUUGUUGGGGAGUUUCACUGUACCAAGCACUAAAGGAAUCGGGCUGGCUGCUCAAGAUAUCUUUCAUAACAAUCCGUCAAGUCAGAGAGCCCUAUACCUUUGUCUGGUCCUUUUAGCUGUACUUGGCUGUAGUAUCAUCAUUCAGUUUCGGUAUAUUAAUAAGGCACUUGAGUGCUUUGAUUCAUCUGUAUUUGGUGCCAUCUAUUAUGUUGUCUUCACCACUUUGGUCUUGUUGGCCUCAGCCAUUCUCUUUCGGGAAUGGAGUAAUGUAGGACUGGUAGAUUUCUUGGGAAUGGCAUGUGGAUUCACUACUGUUUCCAUUGGCAUUGUACUUAUACAAGUCUUCAAAGAGUUCAAUUUCAACCUUGGGGAGAUGAAUAAACCUAACAUGAAAACUGAUUAAAAUACACUAAUGGGUAUCGGGUGGCUCAGGGAACCGGUAACGGGAUAUGGUUACUGGCCUGAAUUUGACCUAGGUUUGCAGAGACCAAAAUGAAUAAACAUCUCAGAUGUUUGUGUUGUUGGUGGAAUUAGUAGAUGGCCUCUGUCAAAUUCCUAGUGAACAAAUGUCCAUAUCCCUAAAAUCACCACUACAUAUGGCAUUCAUCAGCACUAUAGUGGCUAUCAUCAGCAGAAGGGCCAAGAGCUAAAAUAGCAUAGAGACUGAUGCACUGCCUCCCCUGAAAAUUAGAUCCCUCCAAAAAUAUCUGAGGUUUCACAUUCAGCAUUGUGGAAUGGCAGACUAGGCAUCAUACUUUUCUGUUGACCAGUCCUCUGUUUCUCAUCGUCAUUAACCAGGAAGCUUUCGAGAAUGUCAUUUCCUUAAAAAAAAAAAAAAAAAAAAGUUUAAAAGCCAAUUUAAAUAGAAAAAAAAGUUGGUGCUCCCUUUUCUUCUUAAGAUGCUAAAUGUUCUCAUUUAUUAUAUACAUACAUUAGAAAAGGACAUAAAGUAUUCAUUGGACUGUAGACUUGAAACCCAGCAGUUGAGUAACCACUUCCACAUUUGUCUUUCUGAAUUAUGUAUGUGUCUUUGACAUAAAAUUCAGGUAUCUAUUCAAAUAAAAGACAACCACUAAAAAUUAAUUUAAAAAUCCUGUUUUUAAAAAGUAGGUCUCCAAGAUCAGUUAAUGGCAAACAUUGGGGAGGGAAAUGGCAAAGAAAAGACAUACUUGUUUAUUUGCAAAUAGGUAUCAAGAAUUUAAAUGUUUCAGUGCCUUUGUCUUUUAAAAAUACCCCUUAAUUUGACUGAGCUAAUGAAAACUUAACUUCUUUUUUUAAAAAUAACUUAUUACACAAAAGAAUACAGUUUCUAUGGAUGUUCUCAUAUUUUAAAUGCAUAAAUCAUCCAGAAAAAGCAAUAUGUUUCUGGGAAGGUAGUCAAAUGCUAAAACCACUUCAAGGCUAUUUGAAUUUCUUAAGUAUGUCAUUAUCACCAGACUGUAGACAACUGGGCAUACAUGAACAUGUAGUCCAACUUAUCGUAACGAACAUCAAUUCCAAAUUCUAGCCCUAAGUUCUUUGAUUCUGUAGGGUAAUGUUUUGUUUUGUUUUGUUUUUUUCAGAAAGAAAUGUGUAUCUUGAAUAAAUGGCUUUUCAGAAAUAACUCCUUAUUUGCUAGAUAAUAAUGCUUUCAAGAGAGAGAAAACUGCAAACUACCCUUGAGAUGGAGUACACUGAAAAAAAAAGUUGGGAGGACAAAAAUUAAGCUAAAGCAAAUUUCUAUAAACUGGGAAGGAAGCUGGUUUAUAUUAGAGCAUUUGCAACAUAAAUAUUCUAAAGAGUUCAUAGCAAAAAUUGAUGACCACAGAUGAGAGAAAUUGUUGUCUCAUAUAGUAGAACAUUCUUACUCUUCUAACCUUUCAUUCAUUAGACUUUGCAAAUGCAAAUUAGCACUUCACUAUACCAGUCUAUUGAUUAUAUUUACUAUUCUGUAACUAGUAAUACUAAAUUAAAUGAGACCAAUUAUAUGAUAUUAAGUCCCAGCAAACUGUCGCUUGCAUCGUUGGGUGACAUUUUAAUGAAACAAAUAUAGAAAAUAAAGAUCUAGGAUAGAGAAAAUUACAAAUUUCUGACUGCAGAGCCUCUUUCUAGGAUCAAAGUUACCUGUAAAUGGCAAAAAAAUAUAAAGAAACAAAAAAAUGUCAACUGAAAAGUCUUGUUAAUUAACUGGGCUAUGGAAGUUUAGGAAACUUGAUAGAGAGAAUAAAUAAAA